AUAAAACCUCCCACUGCCUGCCUGAAUCCCAAGCAUUCAUCAAGCUGCACAUCUCCUCCUCCUCCUCCACCUACUUGCUUAGAAAAAUAAUGCCAUGACAGGCCAGGGAGGGCUUGUCCAAUGAAAAAGUGGGAGUGCUGCACCAUGUAAGCCGAUUGGCUGCCCUGGCCCUAAACAGACUUGGAGAGAGUCUGCAGCUCAGGGAUUAGAGAUGAUAUAGGCCCCGUCGACAUCUGUCCUUCCAUGAUGGUUGUGCCUGAAAGCCAGGACAAAAUGUACUACCCUGCUGAUGAAAUGAAGAGGGAUGCUCACGUGCCUGAUUUUAACUCCUAUCUGGCACUGUACAGGAAAUCUCUUGAGAAUCCAGAAGCUUUCUGGAAAGAGACUGCUGAUGAGUUCUUUUGGAAGAAGCCAGCAACAGGACCAAUGAUGCAGUACAACUUUGACAUGACAAAAGGGAACGUCUAUGUCAAAUGCAUGGAAGGGGCCAAAACCAACAUGUGCUAUAAUGUUCUGGACAGGCUGGUGAAGGAGAGGAAUCUCGGUGAAAAAGUUGCCUAUUACUGGGAGGGGAACUCUCCUGACCACCACACGGUCAUCACCUACCGCCAGCUGCUGAGCCAGGUUUGCCGCUGUGCUAAUGUCCUCAAGCAAAUGGGUGUAAAGAAGGGAGACAGAGUGUCUAUCUACCUUCCCAUGAUCCCAGAGCUGGUCUACAUUAUGUUGGCCUGUGCAAGGAUAGGAGCUGUUCACUCCAUUGUGUUUGCAGGUUUCUCCUCUGAGUCCCUGUGUGAGAGGAUUAUGGACGCCCAGAGCAGCGUUUUGGUGACAGCAGAUGGUGUUUAUAGAGGAGAGAAGCUGAUCAACCUGAAACAGAUUGCAGAUGAGGCUCUGGAGAAGUGCAGGGAAAAAGCGUCAUCGAGUGUCACUAAAUGCCUCGUCGUCAAGCACCACGCGCUGAAGACAAAAAGCGGAGCUGCAUGCAAUAAACUACAGAUCCCCUGGGACUCAGAGUGCGAUGUGUGGUGGGACGAGGCGAUGACAGACUCUCCAGAAGAGUGUGAACCUGAGUGGCUGGACGCUGAGGAUCCUCUGUUUAUCCUCUACACCAGCGGCUCCACCGGCAAACCCAAGGGUGUUCUCCACACUGUUGCCGGGUAUCUGCUCUACACGUCGCUCACCUUUAAGUACGUUUUUGAUCAUCACCAUGACGACGUCUACUGGUGCACCGCAGACAUCGGCUGGAUCACCGGCCACUCCUACAUCACCUACGGCCCCCUUGCAAACGGCGCCACAAGUGUCCUGUUUGAAGGUAUUCCAGUCCACCCUCAUGUCGGCCGCUUCUGGGAGAUUAUUGAGAAGUACAAAGUGACCAAGUUCUACACAGCUCCUACAGCCAUCCGCCUGCUGAUGAAGUACGGACGGGAACCGCUGCAGAAGUAUGACCUCUCCAGCCUGAGGAUUCUGGGUACUGUUGGUGAGCCGAUCAACCCAGAGGCGUGGCAGUGGUACCACGAGGCCGUCGGUCAGGGCAGAUGUCCUGUGGUCGACACUUUUUGGCAGACAGAGACCGGAGGUCAUGUUUUGACUCCGCUGCCUGCUGCCACGCCACUGAAACCAGGCUCUGCUACCUUUCCUUUCUUCGGGGUAGAGCCCACAAUCCUCAACGAACACGGAGAGGAACUGGAAGGCGAGGCUGAGGGUUAUCUGGUAUUCAGGAGGCCCUGGCCUGGAAUAAUGCGCACUGUGUACAGAAACCACGAACGCUUCGAGAACACCUACUUCAAGAAAUUCCCUGGCUUCUAUGUAACCGGUGAUGGCUGCAGGCGGGAUAAAGAUGGCUAUUACUGGAUCACAGGACGGAUAGACGACAUGCUGAAUGUGUCAGGCCACCUGAUGAGCACAGCGGAGGUGGAGGCGGCUCUGAUGGAGCACCCGGCCGUGGCAGAGGCCGCAGUGGUGAGCCGGCCUCACAAGGUGAAGGGCGAGUGUCUGUACUGCUUCGUCACCCUCAAAAACAGCAGGGAGUUUAACCACACGCUGGUGGAGGAGCUCAAGAGACUGGUGAGAGAGAAAAUUGGACCAAUCGCCACGCCAGACUUCAUUCAAAAUGCUCCAGCGCUCCCGAAAACUCGCUCAGGGAAGAUCAUGAGGCGAAUCCUCCGGCAGAUCGCCCGCAACGAGAAGGACCUGGGCGACCUUUCGUCCCUGGCCGACCCGAAAGUGGUGGAGGUGCUGUUUAGCCAGAGAUUUGAAGCUGCAGCCUGAAUCGACACCUCAGCCUCUCUUUAUGCUAUGUAACGGCACAGAUGAAGACAAUCACAAACUGCUGGUUCUGGAUCAGCGUCUGAGUGUUUGUGUGCACUCUCUGGGACUGACUGAAGGGGCUGGGAUCGGCAAAUUAUACCACUGACAUCGAGAUGUUUAAAAUUGUUGUUUUAUGUGGAGAAAAGAAGUCAAAUCAAAUUUCACCGGUGCUGUUAUGUAGAUGUUCUGUCUGGGCUGUUGCUUGUCGUUUGGGCCAUAAUGUCAAACAGAAUUAUUAUCUUUUAUAUUUUCUUAAAAGUCUUGUAGUUCCAUGUUUCAUGUUGUAAAUCUUGAAAUAUAAAAGCUCUGCACAGCUUGUUUUUAAAUGA